AUGGUGGGAUGGGACGGUCUCCGUUCCCCCACCGGGCUCCCGGCCCACGAGGUAACCCCAGGUCGCCAGCCGCUCCCUGCCCACCCGCCGGCCCGCGGCGUCUCCAGCCGCUGGCGAGCUACCGCCGGCGUCCGCCAGGCUCCGGUCUCCCCAGUGGGAGGCGGAGGGGAAGCGUGCCCAGAAACCACGGGAAGUGCCCGGAGCCCGCUGGCCCCGGAAACCCCGCCGGGGGAGGCCACCGGGGUCCCGGCCCCGGGCGAAUCCGUGGCCCUUUCUAAAAACGAAAGAGAAAAAGCGGUGUCUCUGGACCGGCUACAGGAAAAUGCCUCUUCUCCCAACACAGCACAUUUCUCCGGCACCGGGCGGCCCAAGGUGGACCCCGCUGGAUGCCCUGAGAUGCCGGGGAACGACCCCCCGACCCGGUACCUGCCGCUGCCGGCCUCUUCCCACAGGGACCUCUCGGAUAACCAGAUCAGAGUUUUGGACCCUGGAAUCUUUGAGAACCUCUCCUCCCUGACGUUCUUGGAUCUGAGCAACAAUGCCAUUUCUACGUUGGAAGAAGGGAUAUUUGCUAAUUUAUUUAAUUUAAGUGAAAUCAACCUCGGCCGUAACCCCCUGCGGUGCGACUGUGCCCUCUCCUGGCUGCCCGGCUGGGUGGAGGAGCAGGGCGUCCGCCUGCUGCUGCCCGGGGAGACCCUGUGCGCCCAGCCGCCCAGCCUUGCCAACCUCCCGCUGCUCAACUUCAGCUUCUCCGGCGGCACCUGUGAGGAGGACUUCAUCGCCUGCCUCCCCAGCAACCAGAGCGAGCAAGACACCGCCGCCAAUGUGUCCGUGGUCGCCUUCUCAGCCGCCCACGAGGGCCCCCUGGCCCGGGAGGCCUGCGCCACCUUCUGCUGCUCCGUCGGCCAGGACUACGGGGCCCUGGCCAAGGACGGGCGCUGCCUGUGCGGCGCCCGACGACCCCCCGGUGCCUCGGCCGGCUGCCUGCCCUUCUGCGCCAGGGCCCCGGGACCGCCUGCCUGCGGGGGCCCCAGGUUGAUGGCGGACGUCUUCCCCGCCCGGCUGGAGGCCCGGCUCCUGGGCCCCCGCGGCCCCCAGCCCACCCGGAGGGCCCUGGCCUUCAACGUCAGCUGCCCGUUCCCCGCCCAGUCCGUGCGCUGGGACUUCGGGGACGGGUCGGCGCCCCGGGUCGCCUCUGGCCCCGCGGCCUCCCACCGCUACGCCCUGCCCGGCCGCUACAACGUGACGGCCGCCGCGUCGGUCGGGGUGGGGGCGGCGGUGGUCUGGCUGGAGGUGGUCCUGGAGGCCCCGCCCCAAAAUCUCUCCCUCAGCUGUCCGGCCCGGGUGCGGACCAACGAGAGCCUGGACCUGACGGUCUGGAACCUGGGGGGCACGGGCCUCACCGCCACUUACAACAUCGUGACCGAGCUGGAAGGACGGAGCGUGGCGGUCCACCCACUGUGCCCGGAGGACACGGAGAUCUUCGCGGGGAACGGUCACUGCUACCGGCUGGUGGUGGACAAGGCCUCCUGGCCGGAGGCUGACCGGCACUGCAGGCGCUGGGGUGGCGGAGCCCUGGCCAGCGUGGGCAGCCCCGAGGUGCAGAGCUUCCUGGUGUCCCAGGUCAUCAGGAGCCUGGACGUCUGGAUCGGGUUCAAGGACGUUGCCGAGCCCGGGGCCCAGCCGGCCGGAGAGGGGUUUGACCUGCAGAGCUGCCAGAACUGGCUUCCCGGAGAGCCGCACCCGGCCACCGCCGACCAUUGCGUCCGCAUGGGUCCCACCGGCCAGUGCAAUACGGACCUCUGCAUGGCCGCCCACAGCUACGUCUGCGAGUUCCGGCCCCAGGUGUCCGUGCUGGAUGCACCGAGCUUCCUCUUGGGAGACCCCAGCUGGGACCUGCCCACGGCCGCCGAUCCGUUGGUCCAGAGGGAAGCCCUUUCGCCCCCGGCCCGGGGCACCGUGGAGGUGAUGGUCUUCCCCGAGCUGGAGGUGGCCAGCCAAGGCUUCCUCAGCGCUUUCGAGUUGGGGACCCAGGACCUCUCCCGCCCCGUCCAGCUGUGGCUCCAGGUGUUCCGCCCCAGGAACAGGGUUGGGGAGAUGCCCGCCACCCUCUCGGAGCCAGCCCAGGGGAAUACCAGUCAACCUGGGGACCCAUUGCUGGGCAACCAGACCUGGGCGCCCCUCGAGUGCCUGGCCGGCUGGGAGUGGUGCCAGCCCAAGAACGCCUGCCAGCCGCUGGGCAGCCCCUGCAGCCCGGGGCUGGAAGCCAACGCCUCCUCCGACCCCGAGGUUCCGCCCGGCCUGGUGCUGUGGAAGGGGGCCCGCUUCUCCGUCCCGGCCGGCCCCUCUGCCUGGCACACGGUGACCUUCUGGGACAGCCCGUCGGUGAACCCCGGCGACCUCCUCGGCCUCCAGCACGAUGCCGGCCCCGGCUCCUUCCUCCUCUGCCCGCCCCCUGGGGUCCCGGUGACCGCCCACGCCCCGGACUGGCUGCCCGGCCCGCCCCCCGACCUGCCCCUGGGCCCGCCGCCCACCCCCGCCGCCUGCGCCAUCCGGGCGCUGAUCGCCACAGAGCGGCCCACAGCCCUCCUGGGCCCCAACCCCGGGCUGCCGCGUCCCGGCUCGUACGCGGUCACAGCCGCCGUGGCCGGCGGGGUCGGCCGCCGGGACCUGGCCUGCAGCUUCCGCGUGGUGGCCCCCGUGUCCGGGCUGCGCGUCCUGCACCCCGCGCCCCAGCAGGGCUGGUUCUACGUGCCGGCCGACCGGCCCUCCCUGCUGCUGGGCCUCGACUCCGGCGACGACGCCACCGCCCACCAGCCGGGCACCAACGGGACCGAGCCCUUCCGGGCCUCCUGCCCGCCGGCCGGGGCCGCGCUGGCCCCGGUCGAGUGCGGCCGGGAGGCGGCGGAGGGGCGGUUCGCGGUGCUGCCGCUGACCGGCCUGGACGAGGCCGGGGGCGCGGUGGACAUCGUCGCCGAGAACGCCGUCAGCCGGGAGAACGUCACCGUCUGGGUCAAGGCCGAGGAGCCCGUCCGGGGGCUGAGGGCCACGCCGGACCCCCAGUCCAGGGUCCUGCAGGGCAUCCUGGUGAGGUACAGCCCCGUGCUGGAAGCCGGCUCGGACGUCACUUUCAAGUGGACCAUCGACGACAAGCAGUCCCUGACCUUCUACAACGUCGUCUUCAACGUCAUCUACCAGAGCGCCGCCGUGUUCAAGCUGUCGCUGACGGCCUCCAACCACGUGAGCAACGUCACCGUGAACUACAACGUGACGGUGGAGAAGAUGAACCGCAUGAAGGACCUGUCCCUGUCCGACCCGCCGCCCGCCGUCCCCCAGAACGCCACGCUGGACCUCUCGGCCAGCGUCCGGGUGGACUCGGCCGUGGAGGCGGCCUUCCUAUGGACCUUUGGGGACGGCGAUGAGGAGAGCCGGCAGUUCAGACCCCCGUACGACGAGUCCUUCCCGGAGCCCGACCCCAGCGUCCGUCAGGUGGUGAUCGAGCACAACGUGACCCACACCUACCGGACCCCAGGGGAGUACAACGUGACGGUGUUCGUGUCCAACCCGUUCGAGAACCUGACCCGGCAGGCGACCGUGAGCGUCCGGGCCCCCCUGACCCACGUGGUGCUGGAGCCGGCCGGCGAGGCCCUGGUGGCGGGACGGCGGGUCACCUUCGCCGCCCGCCCGCUGCCCUCCCCCGUCGGCGCCCUCUACUCCUGGGACUUCGGGGACGGGUCCCCGCCCCUGACGGGGGAUAGUCCGACGGCCGACCACACCUUCGCCCGCAAGGGGCCGUACCGCGUGACCGUCAGGGUGGACAACGGGGUGAGCGACGGGGAGGCGGCCGGCCUCUACAGGGCCUUCGAGGAGAUCCGGGGGCUGCGGGUGUCGGCGCCCGCGGCGGUGGAGCAGGGCACCCCGGUCACGGUCAACGCCUCGCUGGACUCGGGCGGCGACGAGGACGUCACGUGGACCUUCGACCUAGGGGACGGGACGGUCCGGACUGGGCCCGAGCCGUGGGCCCGGCACGUCUACGCGCAGGAAGCCAACUGCACCGUCGUCGUGACGGCGGCCAACCCGGCGGGCUCGGCCUCCCGGACCCUGGCGCUGCGCAUCUUCGUGCUGGAGGUGCUGAGGAUCGAGCCGGCCGCCUGCGUCCCCCAACGGCCGGACGUCCGGCUGCUGGCCCGCGUCACGGGGGACCCGGCCGGCUACGUCUUCGACUGGACCGUCGGAGACGGCUCCCCCAACGUCACGGUGCGCGGGAGCCCCGAGCUGGUCCGCAACUUCAGCCGCGCGGGGGUCUUCCCCCUGGUCCUGGUCCUGUCCAGCCACGUCAACAAAGCCCACUACUUCACCAGCGUCUGCGUGGAGCCCGAGCUGGCCAACGUGACCCUGCGGCCCGAGCGCCAGGUGCUCCGGCUGGGGGAGGAGGGCCGCUUUCGGGUCAGCGCCGUCCCGCCCUACCCCUACCGCUACAUCUGGGACUUCGGCGAGGCGGAGGCCGCCCGCCCGGGGGGCACCGAGGCCGGCCACGCCUACCGGGCGCCCGGGGUCUACCCGGUGACGGUCACCGUGUCCAACAACGUGUCCUCCGACAACGACACGGCUUUCGUGGAGGUCCAGGAGCCGGUGGAGCUGGCCCGGGUCGAAACCAACGGGUCGCGGGCGCUGGAGCUGGCCCGGGCCUACGCCUUCUGGGCCGUGGGCAACGGCAGCCGGGCCAGCUACCUCUGGGACCUGGGCGACGGGCAGCAGGGCGAGGGCCGGGCCGUGGUCCACGCCUACAACCGCACCGGCCGCUUCGGCGUCUCCGUGCUGGGCUGGAACGAGGUCAGCCGGAGCCGGGCCGGGCUGAACGUGACGGUGCAGGCCCCGGUGCGGGGCCUGGCCCUGAACGCCAGCCGCACGGUCGUGCCCCUGAAUGGCUCGGUGGGCUUUGGGGCCGCGCUGCGGGCGGGCAGCGACGUCCGCUACUCCUGGGUCCUGUGCGACCGCUGCACGGCCAUCCCGGGGGCCGCCACCAUCUCCUACACCUUCCGCUCGGUGGGCACCUUCAACGUCACCGUCACGGCCGAGAACGAGGUCAGCGGCCUGCAGGACAGCAUCCUCGUGCACGUCCUGGAGCAGAUCGAGGGGCUGCGGAUCCUGGGGGCCGGCGGGGGCGGCGAGGAGGCCGGCGGCCCGGCCUGCUUCCCCACCAACAGGACGCUGCAGCUGCAGGCGGCCGUGCGGGAGGGGACCAACGUCUCCUACGGCUGGACGGUGCUGCGGGGCGACGUGCCGGUCCAGGCCGGGCCCGGCCGGGUCUUCCCGCUGGCCGUCUCGGAGGCCGGGACCUACCGGGUCCGGCUCCGGGCCAGCAACCUGCUGGGUGCGGCCGAGGCCGAGGCCGCGCUGGACUUCGUGGAGGGCGUGCGGGGCCCCCGGCUCUCGGCCCGGCCCAACCCCGCCGCCGUCAACGCCACGGUCAACGUGAGCGUGGCCGCCGAAGCCGGCUCGGGCCUGACCUACACCUGGCACCUGGGCGGCGGCCGGACGCUGACCACGCGGGAGCCCUCUGUGGCCUGCUCCUUCGCCAGCCCCGGCCUGCACCGGGUGGCCGUCUCGGCCGGGAACCGGCUGGGCGCCGCCAACGCCACCGUGGCGGUCUCCGUGCAGGAGCCGGUCCGGGGCCUGCGCAUCGAGGGGCCCGGCGGGGACGGCUACGUGGCCUCCGGGGCCGCGGCUCGCCUGGAGGGGAGGCUGGAGCAGGGGACGGACGUCGCCUGGCGCUGGGAGCUCCCGGGGGGCGGGGCCGCGGCGGGCCGGAGCGUGACCGCCGUCUUCCCCGCCGCCGGCCCCGCCGCCGUCCGCCUCAACGCCUCCAACGCCGUCAGCUGGGCCACGCGCGAGCGCGUGCUGACCGUGCAGGACGCCGUCCGCGGGCUGGAGCUGGAGGCCGAGCGGACGCUGGCGGAGCCCGGGGAGGCGGUCCGCUUCCACGUGCGCCUGGCCGCCGGCUCGGCCGUGGACCUGCGCCUGCGGGUGGACGAGGGCCCGGCCUCCCCGCUGGCCGGGCCCGACUUCUCCUGGACGGCCCCUGGCGUGGGCGAGCAUCGGGUGGCCGUGGAGGCGGAGAACCGGGUCAGCCGGGCCCGGGCGCAGGUGUCCGUCUCGGUCCUGGAGGCGGUGGGCGGGCUGGAGAUCCUGGACUGCUGCGAGGCCGCCGUGGCCACCGGCAGCGAGCGGAACUACAGCGCCCGCGUGCGGGCCGGCUCCCGCCCCUCCUUCGCCUGGGACUUCUCCCUGCAGAAGGUGCAGGGCGACGCGCUGGUCAUCCUGACCGGCCAGAACAUCUCCUACACCCCGGUGGCGGCCGGCACGCUGACCAUCCACCUGCGGGCCUUCAACGAGCUGGGCGGGGCCAACCUGACGCGCCGCCUCCUGGUGCAGGACCGGCUCGAGGGGCUGGGCCUGCAGGCCGAGCCGGCCUUCGCCCGCCGGGCGGCCCUCUUCGAGGCGGCCCCGCGGCCCAGCGCCCGGCAGGUGACCUUCGCCUGGGACUUCGGGGACGGGUCCCCGGCCCGGCUCGGCCCGGGGCCGCACGCCAGCCACGCCUACCCGGCCCCCGGGGACUUCCUGGUGGCGGUCAACGCCUCCAACCUGGUCAGCUUCGUGGUGGCCCAGCUGACGGUCACGGUGCGGGCCCUGGAGUGCGAGGAGCCGCAGGUGGAGGUGGCCCUGCCCCAGCACGUGGCCCUGCGCCGGGCCCAGCGCAACUACCUGGAGGCCCAGGUGGACCUGCGCGGCUGCGUGCGCUACCGGACCGAGUACCGCUGGCAGGUCUUCCGGGCCGCCAGCUGCCCGCGCCGGGGCGCCGACCCCCCGGUGCCCCUGCCCGGCGUGGACGUCCGCCGGCCCCAGCUGGUCCUGCCCCGCCUGGCCUUGGCCGUGGGCGACUACUGCUUCGUGCUGGCCGUGUCCUUCGGCGACACCCCGCUCUCCCGGACCACGCGGGCCAACGUGACGGUGCUGCCCGGCCGGUUGGUGCCCCUCGUCGACGGCGGCUCCUACCGCGUCUGGUCCAGCGCCCGGGACCUGGUGCUGGACGGCGGCCGGUCCUACGACCCCGACCUGGAGGACGGCGACCAGACGCCGCUGACCUUCGAGUGGUCCUGCGUCGCCUCCUCCAAGAGUCGGACCGGCGGGUGCUCCUUGAACACGCCCCUCCCGCAGAAGAGCGUGGUCACCGUGCCCGCGCGGGUGCUGGACGCCGGCGAGAAGUACACGUUCGCCCUCACCAUCCACAAGCCCGGCAGGAACCCGGAAAGGACCAAUCAGACGGUGCUGAUCCGCCGCGGGCCGGUGCCCAUCCUGUCACUGCAGUGUGUGUCCUGCAAGGCCCAGUCGGUGUACGAAGUCAGCAAGAGCAGCUAUGUCUACCUGGAGGGCACCUGCCUCAACUGCCCCCCUGGCACCGUGCGUGGGAGCUGGUCCGCCCAGACCUUCGGCAACAGGUCUCUGGUCCUGGAUGAGUCGACCACGACGACGGGCAGCGCGGGCAUGCGGCUGGUGCUGCGGCAGGGGGUGCUGCGCGACGGCGAGGGUUACACCUUCACCCUGAGGCUGCUGGGGCCUUCCGGCCAGGUGGAGGGCCUGGCCUCCAUCGACCUCUUCCCCAACCGGCCCCCCUUUGGGGGCUCCUGCCGACUCUCGCCUCAGGGCCCGGUCACCGCCCUGACCACCAGGGUCCACUUCGAAUGCACGGGCUGGCGGGACCUGGAGGACGAGGAAGCCCCCCUGGUGUACAGCCUGCUGUUGCGACGCUGCAAGCCCAGCUCCUGCGAGGAGUUCUGCGCCUACAAGGGCAGCCUGUCCGAAUACGGGGCCCUGCUGCCCCCCGGCUUCAAGGACGACUUCGCCGUGCACUUGUCCGUCGUGGUGCAGGACCAGCUGGGCGCGUCCGUGGUGGCCCUCACCAGGUCUCUGAAGAUCUGUCUGCCGGACCCCCCAGCCGGCUUCCGCCGCCUCAGCCACUGGUUACACAACCUGACGGAGACGGUGCUCCCCGGGCUGGUCCAGCAGGCCGACCCUCAACACGUCAUCGAGUACUCGCUGGCCCUCGUCACCGUCCUCAAUGAGUACGAGCAGAUGCCGUGUCCGGAGCAGGAGGAGGAAGAGGAGGAGGAGGAGGAGGCCGGCCGCGAGAGGCAGCUCCGAGCGCAGACGCGGAGGAUGGUCACCGACACCCUGGUGUCCCUCAACGUCAACACGGUGGAUGACAUCCAGCAGAUCGCGGCAGCCUUAGCCCAGUGCACGGUGGCCAGUAAGGAGUUCGUGUGCCGCUCGUGUCUGAAGAAAACGCUGCAGAAGCUGGAGAGCAUGAUGGACAUCCUACAGGACGUGACCACGCAGGGCACCGUCACCCCCACCACCAUCGCCGAUAACAUCCUCAACAUCACAGGGGACCUCAUCCACCUGGUGAACAGCCCCGCCGCCCAGGACCCGGCGCUCCCGGAGGCCUGGCCCGAGUCCCGCCUGCCGCAGGUGGCCUCCAAGGCCUACGGCCUGUCCUCCGAGCUGAUGCGCAUCGUCAUGCGGUCGCGGGUCCUGAACGAGGAGCCGCUGACCCUGGCCAGCGAGGAGAUCGUGGCCCGGGGCAAGCGGGCCGACCCCUCCGACCCGUCCAGCCUGCUGUGCUACGAGGACGCGGCCGACUGCCAGUUCUCCAUCCCGCCGGCCUUCAACGGGACCCUGGCCGACGUGGCCGACGUGGUCCAGGUGGUCUUCCUGGUCGACUCCAACCCCUUCCCCUUCGGCUUCAUCCACAACUUCACCGUGUCCACCCGCGUGGCCUCCAUGCGGUUCCAGACGCUGGACGGGACCCGGAUCCCCGUCCGGGCGCUGGGCGCCGAGCGGGCCAUCACCGUCAAGGUGGACAACCACACGGGGGCCGGCGCCCGCGACAUCGCGGCCGGCUCCGCCGUGGUGGAGGCCCGGACCUCGGUCAGCGCCGUCAUCGCCACAGCCAACCGCAACCGCGAGGCCGCGCUGCACUUCCAGCUCACCUACACCGUCCUCAACGAGCGCUACCUGGCAGCCGAGCCGGAGCCCUUCAUCAGCGUCUACCUGCACUCGGCCCCCCGGCCCAACGAGCACAACUGCAGCGCCUCCAAGCGCAUCGGGCUGGGGGCUCUGGCCGGCUCCGACCACAAGCCCUACACCUUCUUCAUCUCCCCGCUGACGGAGGACACCACCGGAAGCUUCCACUUCAACAUCACGAGCCACUUCCGCUGGACGGCGGUGGAGGUGACCGUGGGGCUGCACAGCUCGCUCUGCCAGUAUUUCAGCGAGCAGGAGAUGCGCUGGAAGACCGAGGGGAUCGUGCCCCUGGAAGACACCACCCCGACCCAGGCCGUCUGCCUCACCCAGCACCUCACCGCCUUCGGCGCCAGCCUGUUCGUGCCGCCCAGCUCCGUCCGGUUCAUCUUCCCGGAUCCCGCCCCGGGUCUCAACUACGUCGUGCUGCUGACCUGCGCCGUCUGCCUGGCUGCCUCCGCCGUGGCGGCCGGGAUCGUGCGCAAACUGGACCUGCUGGACAUCAGCCGGGUGGGCGUCACCCCCUUCUGCGGACGGAGCGGCCCCCACAAGUACGAGAUCUGGGUGAAGACCGGCUGGGGCCGGGGCUCAGGCACGACGGCCCACGUGGGCAUCACCCUGUACGGGGUGGACGGCAAGAGCGGCCACCGCCACCUGGACGGGGAAGGGGCCUUCCGCCGCAACAGCUUGGACGUCUUCCAGAUCGCCACGGACCGCAGCCUGGGCGGCCUGUGGAAGAUCCGAGUCUGGCACGACAACAAGGGGCUGAGCCCGGCCUGGUUCCUGCAGCACGUGAUCGUCAAAGACCUGCAGAGCGGCCGCUGCCACUUCUUCCUGGUGAACGACUGGCUGUCCGUGGAGGGCGAGGACGGCGGGGGCCUGGUGGAGAAGGAGGUCCUGGCCGCCAGUGAGGCGGCCCUGCGCCGGUUCCCGCGGCUGCUGGUGGCGGAGCUGCAGCGCGGUUUCUUCGAGAAGCACAUCUGGCUGUCGCUGUGGGACCGGCCCCCCCGCAGCCGCUUCACCCGCGUCCAGCGUGCCACCUGCUGCACGCUCCUGCUCACCCUCUUCCUCUGCGCCAAUGCCGUCUGGUACGGGGUAGUGGGCGACGCCGCUCACGGGGACGUGGCCGUGUCCAGCCUGUUGCCGGUCAGUGCGGACACCAUGGCCGUCGGCCUGGUGUCCAGCGUGGUGGUCUACCCCCUCUACCUGGUGGUCCUGUUCCUCUUCCGCAUGGCCCGCAGCAAGGUGUCCGUCAACCUGGCCUCCGGCCCCCCCGAUCCACAGUCCCUGGAGCCGGACAACUCCCUGGACUCCUCGGUUCUGGAGAGCUCCUUCCUGACCUUCUCCGGGCUCCAGCCUGAGGCGUUUUCAGAACAGACCAAGACCGAUUUAUUCCCACCGGACGAUUCCAGAAGCCUGAUCCGGUGGCGGCAGUCCAGCAGCGAGGGGGUGCUCAGCUGGCCAGACCUGCUCAGCGACCCUUCCAUAGUGGGCAGCACCGUCCAGAGGCUCAAGCGGGGCCGCAGCGGCCGGCCCCUGGGCGUGGAGAGCUCGGGGUCUCCCGGCGACGACAGCCUCUCCCUGGCAGCCUUCCACCACGCACAGACCAAGUACUUCUCUGCCUCAGAUGAAGAUCUGGUCCGACGGAUCCUGGCCGAAGGAGCCGGCGGCAUCGUCCUCCCCCAGGACGGGAGACAGCGGGCCCGGCCGGAGACCAACCUCCACACGGGCCUGCCCCGCGCCCUGGGGGAUCAGACGGACGCCCUGGCCCUGCAGAAGGUCAGCGACAAGGGGCGGCCGCUCUCUGCCCUGGCCGCGGAGGGCACCGGAGCCGAGGCCGGCCGGACGGUGCCGGCCGAGGCCCCGUCCCCUCGCCUGCUUCCGCCGUGGUGCUCCGCCCUGGCCCUGGGCCUCAGCCUGCUGCUCCUCGCCGCGGCCGUCGGCGUCUCUGUCUGGAUCGGGGCCGGCUUCUCCUCCUCCGUGGGCGUCAUGUGGCUCAUCUCCGACGUCUUCAGCUUUCUGGCCUCCUUCCUGCUGUGGGAGCCCAUCAAGGCCCUGCUGGAGGCGCUGUACCUGGCGCUGGUGGCCCGACGACUGCACCCGGAGGAGGGCGACACGCUGGUGGAGUGCCCGGUCGUGCGGCCCGUGUCCGAGCGCAUCCCCAAGGUCCGGCCGCCCCAGGGCUUCGCCCUCUUCCAGGCCAGGGAGGAGGCCCGCAAGGUCAAGCAGCUGCACGAGCUCCUCAAGAACUGGCUGCUGUACGCGCUGCUCCUGCUGAUCAUCCUGCUGGCCAACUACGGCGACGCCGGCCGCCAUGGCCGGGCCUACCUCCUGCAGCGCUCCAUCAAGCAGGAACUGGGCAGCGCCGGCUUCCUGGGCAUCCGCAGGUCGGACGAGUUCUGGGCCUGGAUGUCCCGGGUUCUGCUGCCCUACGUCCACGGGAACCCGUCCACCCGCGAACUGGGGGCCCUGCGCCUGCGGCAGGUCCGGCUCCGGGCAGCUCAGUGCCCGGACGUCGCCUGGAGGCCGGUUCCCGCCUCCGGGGGCCAGUGCGCCGUCCCGUCCGGCUCCUUCAACACGGCGGACUACGGCGUGGGCUGGGAGCCCGCGGCUUGGAACGGCACCGCCUCCUGGGGGUACUCGGCCCCGGAACUGGCAGGGGUCCGGUACUGGGGCUACGUGUCCAUCUACGACAGCGGGGGCUACGUCCAGGAGCUGGGGCUCGGCCUGGAGCAGAGCCGGGCCCAGCUGCAUUUUCUGCAGCGGCACAACUGGAUCGACAACAUGAGCCGGGCGGUGUUCGUCGAGCUGACCCGCUACAGCCCCGGCGUGGAUCUGCACGCGGCCGUCACGCUGCGGCUCGAGUUCCCCGUGGCCGGCCGGGCCGUCGCCGCCGUCAGCGUCCUGCCCUUCCCCCUGCAGCAGCUCCGCGGAGGAGUCACCCUGCAGCUGCUCACGAUGAUGUUCCUCAUGCUGUUUGUCGUCUACCUGGCGGGGGCCGAGGCCCUGGCCGUGCGCCAGGCCGGCCGGGCCUACUUGCGGCGAGCCGGGGCCUGGGGCCGGUGGCUGCUCAUCGUGCUGGCCACGGCCACGGCCCUCGUCCACCUGAGCCAGGUGACCCUGGCCGAGCGGCAGUGGGCCCGCUUCCUGCAGCGGCGCCGGCGCUUCACCAGCUUCUACCAGGUGGCCUGGCUCAGCUCCGUCUCCGGCAGCCUGGCCGCCUGCCUGCUCUUCUUGCUCACCCUGCAGGCGGCCCAGCAGCUACGCUUCGUCCGCCAGUGGGCAGUCUUCGGCAAGGCCCUGGGCCGGUCCCUGAGGGAGCUGCUGGCCGCCGGGGCGGCCUUGGGGGUCCUGGCUGCGGCCUACGCCCAGCUGGGCUUCCUGCUCUUCUCCUCGUGCUCCGAGGCCUUCCGCAGGCUGACCGGCGGGCUCCCGGCGCCGUGGCCGGACACGCGGGGCGGGGACGGGCCCCUCCCGCCACUGCUGGCCUGGGGCUUGCUGGCGCUGGGGCUGCUGCGGCGCCUGGUGGCCGCCGUGCUCCUGCACGGUUACCGCCAGCUGCGCGGCGAGCUCUUCCGCCCGGCCUUCGAGCCCCAGGACUACGAGCUGGUGGAGCUGCUCCUCCGCCGCCUCCGCCUCUGGAUGGGCUUCAGCAAGGUCAAGGAGUUCCGCCACAAGGUGAGGUUUGAGGGGAUGGAGCCUCCGCCCUCCCGCUCCUCCAGCCAAUCCAAGUCUUCGCAGGGGCCCCCGCCCAGCGUCGGCUCCGACACGUCCCGCCCCUCCACCGCCUCCAGCCAGCUGGACCCCGGCGCCCCCCGCGACCCGCCCGAGCCCGACCCGCCGCGCCUCCUGGCCGUCUCCGAGGCCCUGCUGGCGCAGUUCGACCGGGUCAUCUGGGCCACGGAGGACGUGUACCGCCUCGAGAGCCGGCUGGAGGGGCUGCGGGGGCGCCUCCGGGCCGGGCGCCCGGACCCACCCGGCCCCCCGACCCCGCCCGCCGCCACGCUGCCGGGCCGCAUCGCCCGGGCCCGCCGGGCUGCCGCCUCGGCCGGCGCCCUGCUGGCCGCCCCUAAGGCCUACACGCCCGCCGACCCUCCCCGCAAGAAGGGUGCUGCCAGGAUGCUGCAGGCCAGGAACAGGGUCCACCCAAGUGCCCAGUGA